AUGGAGGGUGGUCACACUGCUCAAUAUUUAACUUACGUAAGUAUGAUUAAGGUAGAAAAUAGCCAAAAUUCUCUAGUGAUUCCAUCUAUUUUAAGGGUUCCUCCAUUGGUUCGAUCCGAGGUGCAUUUAGCUUGUUUAGAUGACACCCCAGAUGCUUCCAGCACCUCGCUCCUGACCGGUGCUGGGUUUCCGUCAUUUGAGUUGAGUUUUCCAAAAGAUAAAGUGGAUAAGCACUGGGAGCCGAGGCUAAGGCACGCGGUGGUGGUAAUGUUUUAG